AUGAUUUCAUCAAGUACUGAUCAGAAUGCAUACAAACCAGUUGGUGCAAGCUUUGAAAUAGUUACAACCAAUCAUCAAAAGAGGUACAUCCCGUCAGCGUCAUCAGCAAUGGUUAUUGGGAGCAUCCUUGGCCUCAUCCAAGCCAUAUUCCUCAUAUCAGCCGCAAAACCUCUAUUGAACUUUAUGGGGGAUUCCCCUAUGCUAAAACCUGCACAGCAGUACUUGAUCCUGAGGUCGUUUGGUGCUCCUGCAGUUCUUCUUUCACUGGCUAUGCAAGGGGUCUUCCGUGGGUUCAAGGAUACAAAAACUCCUUUAUAUGCAACCGUGGCAGGAGAUGUUACAAAUAUAAUUUUAGAUCCAAUAUUUAUGUUUGUUUUCCGUCUGGGUGUCAAUGGUGCAGCUAUUUCUCAUGUUAUAUCUCACGUGCCUCUUAUCAUUGAUAUGUUCAUUAUAGGUUUUCUUUUAUUAAUGAGGGUCAUUGCUGUUACAUUCUGUGUAACUCUGGCUGCAUCAUUGGCUGCGCGGCAGGGACCGACACCCAUGGCGGCAUUUCAGGUCUGCUUGCAGGUUUGGUUGGCAACUUCCCUUCUAGCUGAUGGACUGGCUGUUGCUGGACAGGCAAUACUUGCUAGUGCAUUUGCAAAAAAAGACUACGACAAGGCAACAGCCACUGCGUCACGAGUGUUACAGUUGGGAUUGGUUUUGGGGUUGAUGCUCGCAGUCAUACUUGGAGUAGGGUUGCAGUAUGGGGCAAGGCUAUUUACAAAAGAUGUCGAUGUCCUACAUCUUAUCAGCAUAGGCAUUCCGGUUAUGGUGGCUAUUGUCAGCAUCUUUGUUUUGUUUAUUCUCUCCUAUACCAAUGGAUUCAUUGGAAUCUGGGUUGCUUUGACCAUCUAUAUGAGUCUUCGAGCAUUUGCCGGAUUUUGGAGGAUAGGGACAGGAACAGGACCUUGGGAAUUCCUACGGGCAUAA